AUGCUUCCCUUUCUCGAGUAGGCAACUGCUGCAUUUUCCGUUGCAAAACAAUAUCCCAGAAACUGACCCAAUAGAGAGAAACAAGUGGCAAAACGGAAGCCGAAGGAUAUGAAGCUAGGCGGUGGAGUGGUGUUCGGAGUCCCACGCGCCACCACUUUUCCGACGGUUCUCUUUAGGCGCUGCAAACCUACUUUCAGAUGCUACUUUUCUUCUCCUGACCACGUGUCGUUUAUCAAAGAUGUGGCUGUUACUCAACCUCCGGAGCAUUUGAAUCAUCUAUUGAAAAUGCUUCAGGUCAGAGGUGAACAAAUAAUUUCGCCUGGGGCUAAGCAAGGGCUGCUUCCUCUUGCCAUUCCUCUAUCCAAAAAUAAUUCAGGUUCUGUAACUGCGUUAUUACGAUGGCCAACUGCUCCUGCUGGGAUGGAAAUGCCAGUGGUGGAGGUUCACAAGUAUGGAGUGUGGCUUUUGGCUAAGACUGUAGAUCAAUAUAUUCACAGAAUCUUGGUGGAAGAAGACAUCAAGGGUUCCCAGGAAAAGAAUGAGGAGUUAUUUUUUGCUUCAGCUGAUGCUGGAGAGAAGCUAUAUAAGAAGGGUGAUUUUGCUGCAUCUCAGAUUUCGAGUACAGACAUCUAUCUUCUGAAAAAGGUUGGCUUGUUUCCAGAUAUUCUAGAACGUAAAGUUGAGCAGCAUUUUGAUAAAGGGGACCAGGUUUCAGCUUUGAUAACUGGGGAAUUCUAUACAAAAAAGGAGCAUUUUCCAGGAUUUGGUCGCCCUUUUGUCUUCAAUGCCAAAGUUCUACUGAAGUUUGUAGUCCUAACUUUAGUUGGUAUUGGUAUAGUGUUAUACCAUGUUCACCGCAUAAUAAACAUUUUUGUCUUUUGUAGAGUUGGACGAAAUACAGAAGCAAAAGAUUCUGCAAGGGUGGCUUUGAAAUCACCAUGGUGGACUUUAGGAUGUGAAUAUCAGGAAGCUGCUGACUUGGCUCAAUGGGAGGACGAACAAAUUGAGUACAUUAAAGAGAAGGUGACUGAGGAGGGAAGGCAAGAAGAUCUAAAGAAAGGAAAGGAACCUGCUCAGGUUUGACCAUAAAUAUAUGCGC